AUGGCAUUUUCGACAUUGCUGCAGACACUCCUUGCCGCCAUCCUGUGCGCUGCAACGACAUCCGGAACUGUUGUCACGUAUGAUUUCAAUAUUUCGUGGGUGCCUGCAAGCCCCGAUGGCUUCAGCCGGCCAGUGAUCGGCGUGAACGGCCAGUGGCCGCCUCCAACCAUCAGCGCGGAUCUGGGGGACACAGUCGUGGUAAAUGUGCUCAACUUGCUUGGGAACCAGUCCACAUCUUUACACUUCCAUGGCCUCUUUAUGAAUGGCACCAACGAGCUAGAUGGUGCCGCCCAAGUCAAUCAGUGUCCUAUCGCUCCUGGUUCAUCUUUCACGUAUAGAUUCAAGGUUUCCCAGGCUGGGCUCUACUGGUACCAUUCCCAUGUCCAGGGCCAAUACCCUGACGGUCUCCGAGGGCCACUGCUCAUUCGCGACCCGGAUCAUCCAUACCGUGGACAAUAUGACGACGAGUUAGUCCUGUCCGUUUCGGACUGGUACCACGAUCAGAUGCCCGACCUGAUUCCCCACUAUCUGCACGAUGGAGGCAUGAUGUCGCAGGAGCCAGUGCCCGACGCCAACUUGCUGAACGAUACCCAGGGGCUUCAAAUCCCAGUUGUGCCGGAAAGGACAUACUUGGUGCGCCUGGCCAACAUGGGCGCGUUCGCAGGUCAGUAUUUCUGGAUCGAGGGCCACACGAUCAAGAUUGUCGAAGUGGACGGCGUUUAUACCAAGCCGGCGGAGACCGCCAUGAUGUUCCUUUCCUCCGGACAGCGGUGCAGCUUCCUCGUCACGACCCAGUCGGAUCGCAACAGAAACUACCCCAUGGUUGCUUCCAUGGACCCCAGCCUGACCAACAUACGCAACAGUGCAAGUCAGAACGUGACCGGAUGGCUGGUCUACGCGCCCGAUCAACCUCUACCACAGGCCCAGCUUGUUUCCAACUACGAUCCCAUUGACGAUGUGACGUUGGAGCCAUACGACGAAAUGCCUUUACUACCUCGACCGGACCAGAGCAUCGUCUUGAGUCUGGGAAUGUCACACAGUGGUGGCAUCAAAUGGUUCUUUAACUCAACGAGAUACGCUGCCCCGGAGAUUCCAUCGCUUUACACAGCGUUAACCAGUGGGCCCUUCGCAACAGACCGCUCGAUAUACGGUGCAUCGACCAAUCCAUUCGUAUUGCAGCACAACGCGGUCGUCGAGAUCAUCCUCUACAACCACCACAUGGUUCGGCACCCGUUCCAUCUACACGGCCACAAUUUCCAAGCGGUGUACCGCUCCGCCAAGAAAGCGGGCAGCUUUUUCAGCAGCGGCCUCGGGGAGGAGGACUUCCCGAGGGCCCCCGUAAGGAGGGACACACUCUUGCUGGAGCCCGGGGGCUUCAUGGUCUUGAGAUUCCGGGCCGACAACCCCGGCGUCUGGCUGUUCCACUGCCACAUGGAGUGGCACGUAGAAACAGGCCUGGUAGCCACGAUGAUCGAGGCGCCCUUGGAGCUUCAACAACAGCACAAGGACCGCCCGUUGCCUGCGAUCUCGUGCGAUGCUGCGGAUAGCCACCAGGAAGAGCACGAUGUGAGCGCGCCCGAAAGCGAACAUAAAACCGGCUCGGAAACGCAGGAAAGCAAGAAGACAAGCAGAAGGUGA